CACGUAGGUUAGUCGAGGGAUCUGAGAGAGCGGUGGUACUCCCGGCACGACGUCGGCAGACCCUCGUGGGAUAUUUCUAGAAACCGUGCCGCAGCUUUGGGGCCUGGUACCGUCCUAAUUAACAUACACACACAAGAUGGCCAAAGUGCACAUUACCAACGUGGUGGUGCUGGACAAUCCCAGUAGCUUUCUGAAUCCGUUCCAGUUUCAACUCACGUUUGAAUGUAUCGAAAAGUUAGAGGAAGAUCUCGAGUGGAAAAUGAUAUAUGUCGGUUCGGCCGAAUCGGAAGCGUUCGAUCAGGUUCUAGACACCAUCUACGUCGGUCCGGUACCCGAAGGACGUCACAUCUUUGUAUUUCAAGCGGAACCACCGAAUGUGAGCCGCAUCCCCGAGCAGGACGCCGUUGGUGUGACGGUAGUACUGCUGACCUGCUCGUACCGUAACCAGGAGUUCGUGCGCGUCGGCUACUUCAUCAACAACGAGUACGCGGAUCCGGAACUGCGUGAGAAUCCACCACCGAAGCCACUGUUCCACAAGAUGACCCGCAACAUACUGGCCACGAAACCGCGCGUAACACGAUUCAAGAUCAACUGGGAUGAUACGCCGGCGAACGGUGUGGCCGGACCAUCGAGCGGUCUGGAUGGUGAGGUAGCGUCCGACGAUAUGGGAACAAACGGAAUCCAUCAUCACGGUGAAGGCAACGGCGGCGACGACGAUGAUGAUGAUCAGAUGGACGCCGGUUCGGACAGUAACUCGCAGCAGCAACACUCACUACAUCAUCAUCCGCCCGCGGAACACGAUGACAACAGCAUUGCCUUGCCGCCAACGGAGAUGCCCGAGUUCAACGAAAAUUCGAACUCGCUGGCAAUGGAAUGCUGAAUAGCGUUGCCGGCUGCGGGCGAUCGUAGUAUGAUCCCGCACCCUAAGAUGGCGAAAGUCAAUUUUCCGGUGGGGAUGAUAGCCUAGGUUCUAUUGCUGAACUAUAGUAAUUAGUGAUUGAGUAAUAAUCUUUUGUUUGCCAAAAUUUGUUGGGAGGAUUACAAGCUCGCUAGAGCGUAGCAUGAAGAAUUCGAAUUUUGAUGAGCUGGUGACUCCGCUUCUGCUACAUAUGUUUACCAAUAUUUGCUCAUUUUCUUUUGUCUUUUCGUUUGUUAGGCGUGCCGUGUUUUGUUUAACGGGGAAAAAAAAUCUAAAAUUCAUAACUUGAAAUCGAUAUCGAUUGAGUCGUCCGAUUCAGCGUGGGGUAUAGAGAAGGUACCAAUAUUAAACGAUCAUUGGUUCCUACGAUCGAUCAAUCGAAGUUGUUCUCGUGCAUGAAAUGUUCAGCGGAGCAGCAUUUCAAUUUCCUAUUCCUCCACCGAUGGUCGUUGCCAUGGAUCAUCGCUGGUGAUUCCUAAUUUGUCUCAUUUCUUUUUUACUCAAUCGUUCAUUUUUGUUCAGCUGAAAAAGGUGCCCAUUAAUGUCCACAAAAACGGAAAGGAAACAUGUAUAAACAAGCUCGCUCGCCUACCUUUUGUAAAUAGAAGCUGCUCGUGAAGGUACAACAUUUGAGCACCCAAUCACACUAUCACACACAAUCAUUUAAUAGAACUGAGAAAGGAAGAAGAAUAGAGGGUCACAGAUGAAUCUGAGUAACUUAAAUGUAAGAUUUUUGGAAAAUAAAAGUGAUGAAAUGAAGUUGAAAAAGA